CGAGCGUCAAGUGUUGACGGACGAGUUUCGCCUGUGUUUUCAGAGCUCACCUGGUCGGUUUAUAGUCCGACAUUUUUCGUGAGAGAAAGAUAAACCUGUCCAAAAAGCCAUGAACACUUUAGUCAGAGCCACAGCCAGGUGUCUCCGGUCGGGCGCGGCGGUGUGGUCGGGCUCGGCUCGGUUCCUGGCCUCGGUCCCCCUGAAGGACCUUGGAGAGCUGGUGAAGAAGGACAAGGUGGUGGUGUUCAUGAAGGGGACGCCGGCUCAGCCCAUGUGUGGCUUCAGCAACGCCGUGGUCCAGAUCCUCCGGAUGCACGGAGUGGACCACUACGCUGCCUACAACGUGCUGGAGGACCAGGACCUCCGAGAAGGAGUCAAAGUCUUCUCCAACUGGCCCACGAUCCCUCAGGUGUACUUUAACGGAGAGUUUGUGGGAGGCUGCGACAUCCUGCUGCAGAUGCACCAAAACGGAGAUCUGGUGGAGGAGCUGAAGAAGCUCGGCAUCCGCUCAGCUCUGCAGGACACGGAGAAAGAAGCCAAGUAAAUCAAAGAGACGACUUGAAAACAGCUGAGAAGACGAGGACACGUCUUCAGAUUGAAACCACCUCCUCCUCCUCCUCCUCCUCCUCCUCCUCCUCCACACACGCUCAAAUGAUUGCAGAUAAAAUGGUCUAAAAGCAGCCGUCACCUGGUUGGCCAACAAGAGUUCAGAUUGAACAGCUGAGGACUUUAAGACGACACCUACAAGAACUUGGCAGGAGGAAUCAGUGUUCCUGUGUCUCUUCUGAAGUCCUCACAAGUGAUGCUGAGUUUGGCUCGCACAGACAAACCAUCCUUUAGUUCUUUUAACGCGUUGAUCUGAGAAGAAACCACAACAACCAGCAGGGAAUCCAAAAUAAUCUGGUUAAUCCUGGAACUACAGUAAAGGUUUAUAUAAAAGAUGAUGGAGCAGCUCUGCGCUCCAUGUCCUCCGUAGAAACGUUUUGAAUCGAGUUUCUGUGUAAAAGUUACGAACGACAACGUCUUCAGGUUUCUGAAAGGCCUCGGUUUGAAAAGAGUGAGACCGAAUCGACGAGCAGCUGGUCUGAACGCAGCCAACAUUAAACCGGUUUAAUGUCGAUGUU